AUGAAGAUAUCGGAAGACGGGGUUCAUUUGAGUCUCGCGCAAUUCACUCCCAGAGGAAGGCAAGAGUUCGGGUUAGACAAAAUUAUAAAUAUAAGAUAUUUAGGAUCAAAAAAGAAUUUUCUUUCCAGCAUUAAUUCCCUUGCUGGUGAAGCCUUAAGGACGGGAAAUCGAAAGUGGGUACCAGAUGUAGUGGUGGUCAUAUCCACCUCAAAAUACAGGAUUCCUGAAAAGCUACCACAGGAGACACUGCUCUCACCGAAAUCACCUUUACACAUCUUCUACAUUAUUGUUGGUGGUACCUCUCCAGAUGAGAAGCGUUUCGAACCGUCAGCGACGUCAAUUAAUCUGAACGCUGUCGAUUUUUCUGCUUUGGAGCGACUUGUACUGCCACUAUGUGAGACAGUGGAGUCAUUCGUUGGAGGUAGAGUUUUUUUUUACAUUGCAGAAAGAGCUAUUUCAAUACUCUUAUUGACCAUACUUAGUUUAGGGCGGACCCUCGAAGUGAAAUUGAAAGAAAUGGAGAAAGCGCUCAGAACACAGAAUGAGUUCUUCACAGCGAAGCUACACUCCCAGAUGGAAGAGCACAUCAAAGCCAGUGAGAAACAUGCAGAAGAGCUCAGGAAACAAAAUGAGUCCAUGCAGGUCAGUCCCAACUGUACCAGACUGUUCUUAGUUCAUCCAGAUUUUCCUGAAAAUAUUACAAUUUCUGGAAAGGAUAUUGAACUGUUUGAAAGGCUAUUUUCAAUGCACCUACUUGCACUAUGUCACCUCCCAGCAAAUCAUCCUGCUCGACAGCUUCCUCCAAUUGACCUACUCUUUUUAGUUGACAGCUCAAGCAGUAUUGGCAUCACAAAUUUCGAGAUCAAAACGAACAUCAUCAAUGUGCUCGAAGAUGUAGAUAUUGGUCCGGGAAGAUCUCGUGUCGCUGUUGUACAGUACGCUUUGCAACCGAGCGUUGUUUUCGGUUUUGACAAAUAUUAUUCACUGAAAAGUGUACAAAGAGGCGUGGAACGGAUGUCGUACACUGGCGGAGCGACGAUGCUUGCUAAAGCGCUUUCAUUUGCAGCUGGUCUACUAUACAGGGAGCAGAACAUGNGGGAUAUGAAAAAGCGAAAGCACAAGUUAAUGCCCACGCCACGGCAUGAUCGGUUGCAGGUGUUGUGUCUUGUAUCAGAUGGUGCCUCAGACGACAACAUCGAUAAAUCAACGGCUUAUCUUCAUGAAAAGUUGCAAAUAAAGAUCUUUGCCAUGGUAACACGGCAUUUCAACAAAAGCCGUCUUCUGUCUGUUACUCGGUACGAAGGUUCAAUUUUCGUUAUGGACCAAAAAGAAAGCAUAAGUAUUUGGCUUUGGCGACAACAGAAAAUGUGGGCUGAAAACUAUGCCGCAUAUAUCCAGAGGGAAAAGUCAAUGCCGUUAAGCGUCAAACACAGUCCGAAGAAGAGUGCUCGAACAGAAGAAACACAACCGAAAUCGCCCAAGUCUUUGUGA